AUGCCGAUCACUCAUCUGUUGCUGUCUGUUUACAUUACCACCUUCCUGAUUGGGGUACCUGCCAACAUCCUGGCAUUCUGCACCUUUUGCCAAAAGGUGCGCCGCAAACCUGCACCCAUCGACAUCCUGCUCCUCAACCUGACCAUCUCCGACCUCAUCUUCCUCGCUUUCCUGCCCUUCAAGAUGAAGGAGGCUGUUGAUGACAUGAACUGGAACCUCCCCUUCUUCUUGUGUCCAGUCACUGGUUUCCUGUUCUACUCCACCAUCUACAACAGCACCCUCCUCCUGACCGCAGUGAGUGUGGAGCGCUACCUUGGUGUGGCCUUCCCUAUCAGAUACGCCCUGUGUCACAGGCCACGCUAUGCUGUGGUGGCCAGUAUCAUAUGUUGGGUGGUGUCAUCACUGAACCUUAGCGUCGUGUACAUUGUGCCCUGCUCCCACAGGAUAUAUAGCAAUGGGACCAUUAUGGACGAUCCCCCGACAACGUGCUACCUAAACUUCACCCAAGGCCAGCUCAACAUCCUUCUCCCAGUGCGUCUGGAGCUAUUCCUGGUCCUCUUCUGCGUCCCCUUCCUGGUCUGCACCUUCUGCUAUGUCAACUUCAUCCGUAUCCUGUCUCGGCUGCCCAACAUCGGGCGGCGGCGGCGCCUGCGGGCCAUUGGGCUGGCACUGGGCACCCUGUUGGUGUUUGCCCUCUGCUUUGGGCCCUACAAUGUAUCCCACGUGGUGGGGUUCAUCCGGAAAGACAGCGAGAGUUGGAGGGAUGUAGCAUUGCUCUCUAGUACCCUCAACGCCUGCCUAGACCCCAUCAUCUUCUAUUUCUCCUCGGUGGCUGUCAGGAGCAUGCUCAGUCACUGCUUCAGGAGCUUCGUGGCUACACUACACAUUUUAAAGUGUGAGAGGGGUCAAGUCUGAUAGGGGUCAUCCUCCAAGACUGAUAAAUACAGAAAAACAUGCCCUCCUUGAGUGUUUAUGUUCCAAUUAGUCAUGCAUGAAGAUGUAUGUAUGUUCAGUGCAAUUAUGUAUAUUAUAUGUAUUAGGUAUACUCUGUUAUGUUAUGUAACUGUUGGAAAAGAUCAUCUAUGAUAAAUUACAUUCCCUAAAGCUGUACCACAAUUAUAGUAUAACCAUUACCCAUACCUCCACAAACCAUAUUUAUAUUUAAUGUAAAAAGUCAUGAAUAAAUCGAUCAU